AUGGAAUUCGUUACCUCAUCGUCAUUAACAACGACAACGAUGCUGAGGUCGUCGUCUCCGGCGUUGCUCAGAGCAUCUGUCUCGACGUCCAGAGUUUCUCGGCCCUUCAGAGGCAAACUUCGAACAUGCCGCUCACUUGCGACCGUCGCUGAACCCCCCGUCCGAAGAUACGGUGGCCUGAGGGAUCAAGACCGCAUAUUUACCAAUGCAUACUGCCGGCAUGACCACGGUAUCAAAGGCGCUAUGUCUCGAGGCGACUGGCAUCGUACCAAAGACAUUCUGUUGAAGGGCGACUCUUGGAUCAUCCAGCAAAUAAAAGAUUCGGGUCUGCGAGGGCGAGGAGGAGCUGGCUUCCCGAGCGGGCUGAAGUGGAGUUUCAUGAACAAACCGGGUUGGGAGAAGGACCCAAGACCUCGCUACCUUGUCAUCAACGCCGAUGAAGGAGAGCCCGGAACGUGCAAGGACCGCGAAAUUCUCCGUGGUGACCCUCACAAGCUCAUCGAAGGCUGCCUUGUUGCCGGCCGUGGCAUGAACGCGACAGCAGCCUACAUCUACAUUCGUGGAGAGUUCUACCAGGAGGCCGCCCACGUUCAGCAAGCCAUCAAUGAGGCGUACGCCUCUGGCUUCCUUGGCAAGGACGCGUGCGGCUCAGGGUAUUCUUUCGACGUGUACGUCCACCGUGGUGCCGGAGCCUACAUUUGCGGAGAGGAGACAGCCCUCAUCGAGAGUAUCGAGGGCAAACAAGGAAAGCCGCGUCUCAAGCCGCCUUUCCCCGCUGAUGUUGGCCUGUUCGGUUGUCCGACUACCGUGGCAAACGUCGAGACCGUUGCAGUUGCCCCAACGAUCUGUCGGCGUGGUGCGAGCUGGUUUGCUGGUUUCGGACGGGAGAGGAAUCAGGGAACGAAGUUGUUCUGCAUCAGUGGACACGUCAACAACCCCUGCGUCGUGGAGGAGGAGAUGAGUAUCCCAUUGAAAGACCUCGUCGAGAAGCAUUGUGGAGGCGUCAUCGGUGGUUGGGACAAUCUGUUGGGUAUCAUACCCGGUGGAUCCUCCGUGCCGGUCCUGCCAAAGGACACCUGUGCUGAAGUUCUAAUGGACUACGAUUCACUCAAGGAUGCCCAAUCUGGUCUUGGAACCGGCGCCGUCAUCGUGAUGGACAAGAGCACCGAUAUCGUCAAGGCCAUCGCUCGGUUUUCGCACUUCUACAAGCACGAGUCGUGCGGCCAGUGCACGCCCUGUCGUGAAGGUACAACCUGGAUGAUGAACAUGAUGGACCGGAUGGUUGAGGGGCGCGGGCAUGUUCGCGAGAUUGACAUGCUCCUCGAGUUGACUAAACAAGUUGAAGGACGUACGAUCUGCGCUCUGGGUGACGCCGCUGCAUGGCCCAUCCAGGGUCUCAUGCGACACUUCCGACCAGAGGUUGAACGUCGCAUCGCCGAGUUCCGCGCUGCGAAUGGCGCUGUUGGCUUCGGUGGUCACCUUGCAAGUGCUGCUGACGAUACGCUCGCCCUUCCUGAUAACCUAGGCUUGAGGCUGCCCAAGGUUGCCGCUCCUCAACCUCAGGUUGCUCAGGCUUAG